AUGACCGAGGUUGAUGAUAGCUUAACUGCUAUGGAUUGGCUUGUCAACCCUGGCUUCAACAUUCUGUCAGGAUUAAAAUUAAAUAAGUUUUUCUUUGAUCAAGUUUCACAGUCCGAAUCCAGGGAGUAUAUAAGUGAAUGCAUAAAAUCUGAUUCACCGCACGCAGAUAAACCACCAUACAGUUACGCCGAAUUGAUUAAGAAGGCAAUCGAAUCCUCUCCUCAGCGUAAAAUGACAUUAAAUGAGAUAUACGAGUGGAUUUGUAAAAAUUUCCCUUAUUAUCGUGAAGGUCAAAACGGGUGGAAGAACUCAAUUCGGCACAAUUUAUCAUUGAAUCGAUCCUUCCGGAAAGUUGCUCGCAGAUCAAAUGAACCUGGUCGUGGAUCAUUUUGGAGAAUAAUAGGCGAUAAAGGCAAAUGUAAUUCAUCGAAUUUAAAAGCCCGAUCAACAAAUUUGCGCCAAAUUCCAGUGGCAGCAAAACUACCAACGAGUGAAGGAAUCGAUUCAUUGUCUGUCAAUAUUUGUGCUAGUGCGUUUCAACUUGGAUGGGAAUUCAACAGGGCAACUCGAGAGGAGGAGGAGGAGGAGAUUCCCACUAAAUCGAUAUCUUCAGUGUCUAUUGAACAACGAGAGCCCACAGAGUCCAAUCAAUUCCGAAAGUUGAACGCAGUUUUCCGACAAUUGGUCGAUUAUUUAUUUACUCGAAACCCAGCAUCACUUGAUGAAUUCUCUGCCUAUUCAAAUUCUCACGACUCGGAUUCACUAAAAUCUAAACUCUAUCGAAAUCUUUGGAUAGCUAGUUUGUUUGAUUGGUCAACUGUAAGCCAAUCAGCUCUUAACUCUGUAAACAAUUCUCUGACAAUUUUGCAACAUUUCUCCGGAGAAGCUCCAAUGUCUGCUUUAUUGAGGCUAGAUGAACUAUUGGAAACGGUCUUUCAUGGCAAAUCUUCGAGAUCUUCCAGUCAAAUAGCCACGAGGGAUUUCGACAGUUCCAACAGCUCGCCGCAAAUUCUUCCCACUAUUCAAGACUCAUUUGGUCCUAGUGCACCCAAAGGUUAA